AUGACGACCAAAACCCUAGCCAUCGUAUCUGCGGGCUUUAGUCGAGGAGCGCCUCGAGCUGGAUCUGAAUUAAGACCAUCGGCAAUUCUGGGCUCCGGUCUCCUCGAUUCCCUCCGAAGCCUUUUCCCAGAUGUUUACCUUGACGAUGAAAUCCCCGAGGGCGCGGACCUGCCACAUUCUCAAGAUCUUGACUUUGCUGGAAUGAAGAAUCUUCGGUCUGUCAGUGCAGCGACAAGGCAUGUCAGCGAAAAAGUCGAAAGGUAUCUCAAAGCCGGGAGUGUGGUGCUCACACUUGGCGGGGAUCAUUCCAACGCCAUCGGCAGCCUCACUGGUAGCAACAAAGGGAUUCGGGAACAAAUGAACACAGACAUUGCUGUUAUAUGUGUAGAUGCACAUGUUUCAAUCAAUACCCCGGAAACAAGUCCUAGUGGAAAUAUCCACGGAAUGCCUCUGGCGUUUGCAACUGGAGUCGCGAAGGUAAAAGGAGAUGGUAUCUUCGACUGGAUACAACAGGAACAUCUGGUCAACACUAGGCGGCUAGUUUACAUCGGAACUCGCGAUGUGGAUGAGAAGGAGAUGAAGAUUCUCGAAGAUCAUGGUAUCAAGGUGUUCAACAUGGAGGAAAUCAGAAAGUUUGCGAUCUCCGGUCACUCUUACCAUACCUUCACUGACAGAUAUCACAGAAACGGGAUCGAGAAAGUGAUGGAAGAAUUGUUUGAUUACAUUGGCACCUCCGUUCCAGUCCAUUUGUCUUGCGAUAUAGAUGUCCUGGACCCCGAAUGGGCCCCGAGUGCUGGGCAUCUCGUCCCUGGGGGUUUAUCUCUUGCGGAGGGGCAGUACAUCGCUCGUCGCGUCCACGCAACAGGGCGUCUGGCAGCGAUGGACCUUGUAGAAGUGAAUCCCACCAUCGAUCUGCCGGGUGUUCCUAAAACAGUUGGCUCGGCAUGUAUUUUGAUCAAAGAGGCGCUCGGUGCCACUGAGUGA